AUGCAGGUCCAACGCAUUGCUAACCGCCUGAGAGGGCUGGCUAUGGCUGAACUGCCUCCUACAUAUCUCGCGCCCUCACUUCAUCGCUCCGUGACCCUGUCACCCGUCCAAUCUUCGAGCUUUUCUUCAACUGCCCCCGUCAGCGCUAAUCCUCGACGCGACAAGAGCAAAUACCGCGGUGUAUCAGCUAUUCACAGAACUGGUCCCAGAACUCCACUCCACGUGUCAAGAUGGCCAUUGCCCAAGCCUGUGUCACCAUCCGAAAUGGAGCGUCGGGAGACAAAUCCUAACCACGGACUCUGGGCCUUUUUCCCUCCUAGCCGGAACGCAUUGUCACUGCCAGAAUACGACGGCGCACAUGGUCGUUCGUGGGGCAUCCAAGAACUCCGCGAGAGAAGUUGGGAAGACCUCCACGGAUUGUGGCAUGUGUGUGUCCGGGAACGCAACCGCAUUGCUACAUCGGACCUGGAGCGAAGCCGACUCAAGGCCGGUUACGGUGACUAUGAAUCUGAGGGACGUGACAAGGUGAUCAAAAGUACCAUGAAGAACAUUAAGCACGUUCUACGUGAACGCUGGUACGCCUACGAGGACGCUACACGAUUGUACGAAAGCGGAUACCGCCCUGAGAACUUUUGGGGACUUGAGGACGUGGAGCACAAGGAUAAUGGAAAAGCCCAAUAA